UGCGUCACCGGUGUUUUGAAAUGCGAUGUGUUAUGGCGGGGAGUGGUAACAAUGGCUGAGGAUUGUCCCAUGAUCGAGAACACGAUUCACGGAUGGAUUACUGGUUAUUAUUGUGAUCGCAUCCUCCAGGAAUGGUCUCACAACUUCGAGCCGUGGUCACCGAACCAUAUCAAACUUGGAAAUUACAUCGACUCCCUCACCGGUGUGACGUGCUUGAACAAGGAGCUGCAGUACAAACUGGAACUUAUCUGUUGGUUGCCAAAACUGUUUAGACUGCAGAAGCAAGAGAAUGAAGAAUCUUUCUUGGAAAUCAUUCGGAGUAUGGAUGCAAUUAAAGAUUUUUAUCCCGAAUCCUUGUUGGAAGAGACAACUGAAUUUUUUUCACAGCUCAAGAAACAAUGUAUUCUUCUCUGCUCCCAAGAAGUUGGUUUUGUUGCCGCAAAGAAUCUCUACAAAACACUGGCAAGUGAAAACGAACUUAACAAGGUCUCCUAUUCCUCAAUCUUGGGAGUUCUCAAGACCACUCAUACCAACCAAGAGAAAUUACAGAACAGCGUCAGUGAUGACAUCAGCUGCUUGAUCUCAACCUACCUCAAGAAAUAUCUUUCGACUGUAUCCACACCUUUCCUAGUCCAGGCUGCCAGCAAAGCUGUAGAAACGGAGAAGCAAGACAGUUCUGGUAUCUUUGACAGCCAAAAGGAAAUCAGGCUUUCUCCAGAAUUACUCAAACCAUAGCAUCAAAACUGUUGCAUAAAGACACCUUGUCACCUUCGUUGUAUCUAAAAGACGAGGACGACAGACAUUACAAAGAAAAACUUCGAAACAUCUGGAAAAAGGGUAGAGAAGAAUAUUUUAAAAAUAUACAAAAUUUUGAAGAAAAUACAUUCAUUCAUCCAGAUGCUGCUGCCCCACCCAAACAACAUUCAAAGACUCCAGCAAUACCAAAUCCUAAGAUUAAAAAUAUUCAGAAGACGCUCCAGGAUCUGGUGUCUCCAGUUAACGACAGAUAUCCACAGUUGCAACCAUUAAAAAUGAGAAAAAGUUUGAAAUACAGACCAUCGCCAAAGAAAAAAUCCGGAGACAAAAUGUACCGAAAAUUGUGGACAGAGGAACAAGAAGAAGAGUUCUAUGAGGCUGUGAAGCUCAUGGGAGUUGGUAAAUGGGCUGAAAUUCGAGACUAUUUGGGCACACAGCGGAGCAACGUUAACCUGAAAGAUAAAUGGAGGAGUUUCAUACAAACGGGGAGGAUGAAAGCCUUGAGUGCUAAGUUUGGUCCCGUUUCCUCGUGAUUAGGGAGCUGGGGAGUGCCUUUAUUGUUUCUUUCUUGGUUGAUUCCUCAAACAGCUGGUGAGGGAGGAAGGACAGAUUAUAUAUAUAUAUGUAUAUAUGUGUGCGUGUGUGUGUGUGUGUGUGUAUAUAUAUAUAUAUAUAUAU